AUGACGCCAACCAAUGGUGUGCACCUGUGCACUGAGCCCGUGAUUUUAAUGACGGCAGAUGCAGAGCUGGACCUCCUGAGAAGCGUGCAGGCUGUGCUCCGGGAGCUCAGCACCCCCGCCCCCACCCUACAGAGCAAUCAAGGUAUGUGGAGAUGGUCCCUGCACAAGAAGGUGGAGAGAGAUCCAGGGAAGAACCCAGCUCUGGUCCGAAUCCUGCUCAGAGAGCUAGAGAAGGCAGCCAGUGAGGACCUCCGGCAUGUCAUCAUUCCCUUGCUGCACACACUAAUGUACGUGCUUUUGAAGGCUACAGGCAUCACUGAAGAGCUCUACCGGAGAACCUAUGCCUUUUGCACAAGGUUAUUGACUCUGCCUACCCCCUACUGCACAGUUGCCUUGGACUGUGCAAUUCAGUUGAAGACGGAGACAGCGGUCCCUGGAACAUUGUACCAAAGGACGGUUAUUGCUGAACAGAACCUGAUAAGUGAGCUGUAUCCCUACCAGGAGAGAGUGUUCCUCUUCGUGGAUCCUGAGCUGGUCUCUGCCUCUGUGUGCAGUGCCUUGCUGCUGGAGAUCGAGGCAGCUGAGGUUCACCAGACACCGGAGGCCUGCAUGCGCCAUGUGGUCUCCCACACCCUGCAGGCAGCAUUGGGAGAGACCUGCCAAGCAGCUGCGUUACAGAAGAAGCUGCAGGCCAGCCCCCGCCGCACCUUGGAGCGGUAUUUCCACGCUGUGGUGGCCGCUGUGGAGCAGAUGGCCAAUGAGCCCAGCCCAAGCCGUGCAGGUCACUUGGAGAGGCUGGAGGAAAUUUACUGCUCGCUGCUGGGGCCCCUAGCGUCCGCCAGGGGGCGCUGUGGCGGUGACCCCCUCCAGGACCGCCCACCAAGCACCCCCCUGCCCAGUCCCCACAUCACCUUGCACCUGUGGACGGAUGAGGAGCAGCUCUGGAAGGAGUUGGUCCUCUUCCUAUGCCCUCGAUCCCGCUUCCGCCUCAGUGCUGACCUGGAGGCCUUGGAUCUGCAGGGUCUCCGUCCAGACCGGGCGUUGGCCCGCGUAUCCGUGCUAUCAACAGACAGUGGCAUCGAGCGGGACCUUCCUUCCUGGGCGGAGGAGCUGCCUGAGCCCAGCAGCCCAGAGAUGGAGCGAGCCAGGCUGCAACGCAAAGGGGGCAUCAAGAAAAGGAUGUGGCUCCCCGAACUCUUACUGCCUGGCAGUUGGCAUGGGCCUCCGGGGCUGCACCGGAAGACGGGUGGGCCCGGCGGGGACGGGGAGCUGUUGCCUGGGGUGUCCCGGGUGCACACAGCCCGGGUACUGGUGCUGGGAGAUGACAGGAUGCUGGGUCGGCUGGCCCAGGCUUACUACACCCUCAGGAAACGAGAGACCCAGAAGUUCUGCCUCACACCCCGGCUCAGCCUACAGCUCUACUACAUCCCCGUGCUGGCCCCUGAGGAGCCAACAGCAUCCAGGCAGCCUGAACUUGGAGAGCUGGCUGCAUUCCUGGGCCGUGCAGACCCGUGGUACCAGAGCACCGUCAACACCCUGUGCCCGGCCAUCCACAAGCUGGCUGAAAUGCCUUUCUCCUUGGAUACAUCCCGGACUGUGGACCCCUUCAUCCUAGAUGUCAUCACCUACUACAUUCGCAUGGGCACCCAACCCAUCUAUUUCCAGAUCUACACAGUCAAGAUCUUCUUCAGUGAUCUGAGCCAGGGCCCUGCUGAGGAUGUUUUCCUCACUGAGUUGAAGGUGAAGAUCCAAGAGUCCAGAUUCCCCAAAGAUGGUUUUUCACCCAAGAGGAGAGGCAUGGCUGAGGGUCAAGGGGCUGAGCUCUCCAUUUGCUACCAAAAGGCCCUGCUCAGCCACCGGGCACGAGAGGUCACUGUUUCCCUGCGGGCCACUGGGCUGGUCCUGAAGGCCAUUCCGUCUAAUGACACUGAAGUUUCAGGACCCACCCACUCUCCUCGAACUGCUACAAACCACACAUGCCUGAAUGUCAAUGUCACAGAGGUUGUCAAAUCCUCCAACUUAGCAGGAAGGUCCUUCUCGACAGUGACAAAUACCUUUCGGACGGCCAACAUUCAGAUUCAGAGCCAGGACCAGAGGCUGCUGACACUUUUCCUGGACAAGGAUAAUCGGCGCACCUUCAAGGAUGUGGUCAGAUUCGAGGUUGCUCCCUGCCCAGAGCCGUGUUCUGGGUCCCAGAAGUCCAAGGCACUGUGGCUCAGUUCACACCGACAGAAGGAGAUGGGAACGACCAAAGCCAAGCCCAGGCCCCUCCUGAUGCCCAUCAACACGUUCUCCGGUAUCGUCCAGUGA